UAGCAAUUGAAAACUAGGUAAAAGAAACAUUGCAAAAAUGUGGCUGUUCCACAGUCAGUGCACAAGUAAAGCGCGUCUCGUAGGCAAAACAGUGGUUAUAACAGGAGCGAAUACUGGAAUCGGCAAGGAAACUGCCAGAGAUCUUUAUAGGAGAGGUGCAAGGGUAAUUUUAGCCUGUCGAGAUUUACAAAGAGCAAAUGAUGCACUAGAAGAUUUGAAAAAAAAUCCACCUUCAAGAGCGGAUAGAGAACAAUUUCAAGGUAAUCCAGGUGAAUUAAUGAUUUAUCGAUUGGACCUCUCUAGUCUAAAGAGUGUGAAAGAAUGUGCUAGAAAUUUGCUGACAAAGGAAUCGGCUAUUCAUCUGCUAAUAAAUAACGCCGGUGUGAUGAUGUGCCCGCAACAAACAACCGAAGAUGGAUUCGAGUUACAAUUACAGACAAACUACAUCGGUCACUUUCUUCUGACGCUUCUGCUAUUGCCAAAAAUGCGGUCUUCUGAUCCUAUCUGUAGGAUAUUGAAUGUGUCAUCGCGUAUUCACAUUUUUGGUGCUAUACAUGAUGAUUUAAAUUUGAAAGAAUCAUAUACGCCUCUUAAGGCUUAUAUGCAAAGUAAAUUAGCGAACAUAUUAUUUACCAAGGAACUUGCUCGUCGAUUAAAAGAAGCAAAUAUUAAAGGAAUAAAUGUAUAUUCCUUACAUCCUGGUGUCAUCACAACAGAAUUAGGUCGGCAUUUUAGUAGAACAAUAUUUCCAGGUGCAAAUGCACUUUUUCGAAUGAUUUUGCGACCAGUUUUAAAAAAUCCUGAAGAAGGUGCACAAACGACAGUAUAUUGUUCGGUGGACGAAAAAACAGCUAACGAAACUGGUCUUUAUUAUCAAGAGUGCAAAGUUGCAACUACACAAUGGCGAACUCAAAAUGAUCGGAUUGCCAAAAAUUUAUGGGAUCAAACUUGUCGACUUCUACAUUUGAAUCCUGAUGAAGAUUUUGACACGUUUUUGAAAACCAUUUCAAAUUACUCAUUGAAUCAUAUAUAAGAUAUAUAAGAUUUUGACACGUUUUUGAAAACCAUUUCAAAUUACUCAUUGAAUCAUAUAUGAAUGCAUAAUAUAUGAUUAAAUAAUCAUUA